AUGUCUCAUUUAGUUACGUUAGCUACAUGCUCAUUAAAUCAAUGGGCCCUUGACUUCGAAGGGAAUAGGGACAGGAUUUUGGAAUCUAUUAGAAUUGCUAAGGAAAGAGGUGCUAGAUUGAGAGUUGGUCCAGAGCUGGAGAUUAGUGGUUACGGUUGUUUAGAUCAUUUCCUUGAAAAUGACGUUUGCUUGCACUCUUGGGAGAUGUAUGCUCAAAUUUUAAAAAAUCCCGAAACCCAUGGUUUAAUUCUUGAUAUUGGUAUGCCCCUACUGCACAAGAAUGUCAGAUACAAUUGUCGUUUGUUGUCCUUGGAUGGUAAGAUACUCUUUAUUAGACCAAAAAUCUGGCUAGCAAAUGAUGGUAACUAUAGAGAAAUGCGGUUCUUUACACCUUGGAUGAAACCUGGUGUUGUGGAGGAAUUAACUUUACCUCCAAUGAUUCAAAAAAUCACAGGGCAGAAAAAGGUUCCAUUUGGUGAUGCUGUGAUUAACACAUUGGAUACAUGUAUUGGUGCUGAGACAUGUGAGGAAGUUUUUACACCACAAUCUCCUCAUAUUGCUAUGUCUUUAGAUGGUGUGGAAAUUAUUACCAAUUCUUCGGGAUCUCACCAUGAACUACGUAAGUUAAACAAGAGACUAGAAUUGAUUUUAAAUGGUACUGGUAGAUGUGGAGGUGUUUAUUUGUAUGCAAAUCAAAAGGGUUGCGAUGGUGAUAGACUAUACUACGAUGGUUGUGCGCUGAUAGCAAUAAAUGGUAAGAUUUUAGCUCAAGGAAAGCAGUUCUCUCUGGAUGAUGUAGAGGUUGUUACUGCUACAGUUGACUUGGAAGAAGUUAGAAAUCAUAGAGCUAAUGUCAUGUCAAGAGGGUUACAAUCUUCGCUAGCGGACUUAAAGUAUGAGCAUAUAGAUGUGGAGAUUGAAUUGGCUCCAAGAGGUUCGAGGUUUAAUCCGAAGAUUACCCCAACCAAAAGUAGAGAUGUCACAUAUCAUACUCCGGAAGAAGAAAUUGCACUUGGUCCAGCUUGUUGGUUGUGGGAUUAUAUUAGACGUUGUAAUGGUACAGGUUACUUCUUACCUCUUUCCGGUGGUAUUGAUUCAUGUGCCACAGCCAUGAUUAUUCACUCUAUGUGCAGAUUGGUUCAUAAGGCUUGUCAUGAAGGAAAUGAUCUGGUACUUAAGGAUAUCAGGAGAAUUACGCGUAGUCCGGAUGACUGGAUCCCUGAGAACCCUCAAGAGAUAGCUAACAAAAUGUUUCAUACUUGCUUUAUGGGUACCGAAAACUCAUCAGUUGAGACCAGAUCUAGAAGCAAGCAACUUGCUGAGAAGAUUGGGUCUUAUCAUGUUGAUCUGAAUAUGGAUGGUCUUGUGUCAAGUGUUGUGUCAUUAUUUGAAGUUGCGACAGGUAGGAAGCCCAUUUUCAAGAUAUUUGGUGGGUCCCAGAUUGAGAAUUUAGCUUUGCAGAAUAUACAAGCUCGUCUAAGAAUGGUCUUGGCGUAUCUUUUUGCACAACUAUUGCCUUGGGUACGCGGUAUUCCUAACUCAGGGGGGCUUCUUGUGCUGGGAAGCGCUAAUGUUGAUGAAUGUUUGCGCGGGUAUCUGACGAAGUACGACUGUUCAUCUGCUGAUGUUAAUCCAAUUGGUGGUAUAUCAAAGACUGAUUUGAAAGGUUUCAUAAAAUAUGCCUCUGAGGAGUAUGAUAUGCCAAUUCUUGAUGAAUUUUUGAACGCAACCCCUACAGCUGAAUUAGAGCCAAUAACCAAGGAUUAUGUUCAAUCAGAUGAAAGGGAUAUGGGUAUGACAUAUGAAGAAUUGAGUGUAUUUGGGUACUUGAGAAAAGUAGAAAAAUGUGGCCCAUAUUCCAUGUUCUUGAAAUUGUUGCAUGAAUGGACACCUAGAUUGACUCCUGCCCAAGUAGCAGAGAAGGUGAAGCGUUUCUUUUUUUUCUAUGCCAUUAAUAGACACAAACAAACUGUUUUGACACCAAGCUAUCAUGCUGAACAAUACUCCCCAGAUGAUAACAGAUUUGAUUUAAGACCAUUUUUAAUUAAUCCACGUUUCCCAUGGGCCUCUAAGAAAAUCGAUGAAGUUGUCAAACAAUGUGAAGGCCACUCUUCCGAAAUUGAUUUUAUGACGAUUGACUAA